AUGGCCGCCCACGGCCACAUCUCUCCCCUGCUUCGAGGGAGACCCCUCACCCUGACGUGGGGCCCAGCCAACGACACCCUGCUCUUCAAGUCAACGAGGCUUAGCCACACUUCCAAGUGCGCUAGGAAUGACACGACACCGGCUGAGGAAUACGCCACCAACCAGCACACAGCUGUUCCCAAGCAGGAAGGGAAUGGAAUCCUUUUUGGAUACAGCCAGUCCAGGGAUGCCAGUUCAAAGACGGAGGUGCACCUGAUGAAAGCCUUCGUACCUGAAAUCGCUGCCUAUGCAUCUGAAGGAGCCUGGACGUCGAAAGGGGGCGCCAGAGAGGCGGCCGCCGCACGGACCGCCGGGAAAUGUAGUCCGCAGGCCGACAAGCUGCGGGCCGACGCGGGGGCCCCUUUCCUCCCCGGCCCGAAGUCAGCCAGGCUGCGGCGCCGACCUCCGCCAAGACCCCAGAGGCGCCUUGCAAACUCAGGGGCCCCUCACCUGCCGCCUCCUCGGGUCCGAGCUCCGGCGACUGCGCCCCUGACGAUAUCAGAUCGCGUCCCUCUUCGGCCCCGGCGGACUUGCCGCCCGGAGCCGGAAGCUCCACCUUCUCGGGACACUGCCCUUUUCCGAAGGAGAAAGCUGAAAGCGGAGGACAGACGAGCUGUCAUCAAGAUUUAUGUCCUUAAAGCCAUGUCUGAGGAAUUGGUGACGUUUGGGGAUGUGGCUGUGGAUUUCUCUCGGGAGGAGUGGGAAUGGCUGAACCCUGCUCAGAGGAACUUGUACCGGAAGGUGAUGCUGGAGAACUACAGGAGCCUGGUGUCGCUGGGAGCUUCUGUUUCUAAGCCAGAUGUGAUCUCACUCCUGGAGCAAGGAAAAGAGCCCUGGGUGGUGAAAGAGGAGAGAGGCACCCGCCGUGGUUGGAAAUGUGUAUUUGGAAACCGUGAAUUUUCUUCCAAGCAAGUGACUUACGAAGAAUCGUCCAAACCGGUGACAGCAGGGAGGAGCCCCCUCAGGUACGGCCUUGAUGGCCUCCGCGUGCGAGAAGACUGUAAAAGCGAGAGCUGCUGUAAAAGCAAGGGUGAACCUCACAGAGCACGUGCCCGCCGACUGACCAUCUCUCGGGAGGAAAUCCUCACCGCAGAGCAAAGUCGUGCAUACAGGAAAUCUUGGCGCACUUCCCGUCAGGAUGUCAUGCUUAGUGUACAGCACAACAUUCCCGUCAAAGAGCGAGCGCAGAAUCAUUGGCCACAAAAGAAAAGCUCCCGGAAGAACUCUGUUGAGAGGACACAAAACAAAGUGUGCGUGGAAAAGAAGAUUUUGAAGUGCAGCGAAUGUGAGAAAGUCUUCCACCAGACCUCAUCCCUUACUCUGCACCAGCGGAUUCACACUGGGGAGAAGCCCUACGCCUGCGCGGAGUGCGGGAAGGCUUUUAGCCAGAGUGCAAACCUCACCCAGCAUAAGAGAAUCCACACCGGGGAGAAGCCCUACGAGUGCAAGGAGUGCCGGAAGGCCUUCAGUCAGAACGCCCAUCUCGCUCAGCACCAGCGCGUCCACACCGGAGAGAAGCCUUACCAGUGCAGAGACUGCCACAAGGCCUUCAGCCAGAUCGCGCACCUGACCCAGCACCAGAGGGUCCACACGGGAGAGAGGCCUUUCGAAUGCAGCGAGUGUGGGAAGGCCUUCAGCAAUGCCUCGUUUCUAGCUCAGCACCAGAGGAUCCACACCGGAGAGAAACCGUACGCGUGCACCAUGUGCGGGAAAGCGUUCAGCCACCGCGGGUACCUGAUAGUGCACCGGAGAAUUCACACCGGAGAGAGACCCUAUGAGUGUCAGGAAUGCAGGAAGGCCUUCAGCCAGUACGCACACCUGGCCCAGCACCAGAGGGUGCACACCGGGGAGAAGCCGUACGAGUGUAAAGUGUGCAGGAAAGCCUUCAGCCAGGUGGCGUACCUUGAUCAGCAUCAGAGGGUCCACACAGGAGAGAAGCCUUACGAGUGUGUGCACUGUGCCAAGACCUUCAGCAACAGCUCCCAGAACGCGGGCCUCGCUCAGCACCAGCGCAUCCACACGGGAGAAAAGCCUUAUGAGUGCGACAUCUGCGGGAAAGCCUUUAGCUACAGCGGGUCUCUCACCCUCCACCAGAGGAUUCACACCGGGGAGAAGCCCUUCGAGUGCAGGGACUGCAGGAAGUCUUUCCGGCAGCGGGCACACCUCGCCCACCACGAGAGAAUUCACACGGCGGAGGCCUCAUUGACUCUCUCCUCACCUUCACCCUCCGCAGCCAGCUAA